GCAUGUGCGGCAUGCUUUCAAGUCGUGCAAAAAAUCAGAAAAUACUCAUACAUUCAUUCAUUUUUAUGUAAUAUUUUCAAAUCUAUUCAAUCCAAUCAUACUACUUAUUAGCUGCUCUACGGUUAUAAAAGAUGAUAUUCGAAGCUGAAGUUAGUACGAGAGCUGAAAGCAUCUCUGACGUUUGUAAACUCGCGAAAAAUCAUUGAUUUCGUCCUCCUCUACUGCCUCGAACCUAUUUGAAGGUGCCCCUGGCCAUAAUGCAGUUCAAAAAAGUAACUCACGUUAUAUUCGAUAUGGAUGGACUCUUGAUUG